AUAUUGUUCUCCAGCCCACAAGGUGGCGCAUUAUACAACAUAUCUUCAAAACAUAUAUUCUUUUGCCUGGUUCUGUACAAAUGAACCCUAAACUACUACAUAAUGUCUGAAAAACACCGAAACCUUCCACCGUGGAUGGUGAAAUCUGAUGUUAAAUGCAGUAAAGAUAAAGAAGCGGAAAAGAAGAAGUCACAUGAAAACACUAAACGGAUAGCGACGACGCAACGAAGUGUCGUCUCGUAUUGGAUGAACGAGAGGGAGCUCGUGGAAACAGCGCUCAGCAUUUUGAAGGAUGAGGCAUGUGCUAGAGAUGCAGUGCAAGCCACAGAGGAGGCAAUGAUCAUUCCGGAGACAGAUGAAGACACGUCUGAUUCAGAUGGACAGGACAGGACAAAUGUUUCAAACAUCGCCGAGCAAGAGACUGUGCCAUAUGGACACUGCGUGGAAGAAAGUACCAGUACAAAACUAGAUUGCCAUUCGAAGCCUAACGUGGAUGAUGAGGCUCUUGAGCUUGUUCGAGAGAUUUUUUUCACAUAAUUUAAGACUGAAGUCACACAAAAGGUUUGUUACAGAUCAUUUUAACAAAAGAUACUUCAUUUACUCACCCUAGUGUCGCUGAAAACUUGUCUGGAACAUAAAAAAAGAUCAUUUGAAGAAUGUUCCAGUUGCUCUUUUCCAUGCAUUUGCAGGAAAAGGGGACUGGAGCUUUCAACCUUCAAAAAGCACCAUAAAUGUAGUUCAAAUGAGUCGUCAUAUCCACUUUUAUGAUCCUUUUUUGAGCUUGACAGCUUUAUAAUGAAUCAUCAUGAAAUAAGAACUAUUGUUGUGUAGAAAAGAGUUGAACGUUCUUCAGAAUGUCUCCUUUGUGAGAGACUUUCCCAGGACAAAGAAGUCAUUUGGGUUUGGAAUGAUAUGAAGGUGUAUAAAUGUCAUUUUUUGGAAUUAUCUCUUUUCAUACAAAUUUCUUCUUUUUUUUAUUGCGAGCUCUGCCUUUCUUCAGAAAACUUAAACGGUUAGGACACGCAAAAAUGAGAUUUCUGUCAUUAAUUACUCACCCUCAUGUCGUUCUACAUCUGUAAGACCUUCAUUCAUCUUUGGAACACAAAUGAAGAUAUUUUGAUUUGAUAUAUCGAUAGUUUUUUUAUUCUCCUUUGAAAGCAAUGAAAUUACCACA